AUGGCCGUUGUUUGUGUUGUAUGGGCUGAUGUAGAAGGUGCUCCUACUGAUGGUAAAAAUCAGUUAGUAGGAGAUAUGCUUUGCCUGGGAGGAUCAUUACUGUAUGCAUUGAUGACAGUUUUGCAAGAAAUUAUGCUCCAAACCCAAUCAUGCUCAGAAUAUUUGGCCAUUCUUGGUCUAAUUGGGGGCACACAUUCAUGCCUACAGACAUUCUUUCUAGAUUUUAAUGAAUUGGUAACAUUCUAUUGGUAUGAAGUGGGUACAAUAUUUCAACUGGGAAGCUACUGUUGCGUUCAGACUGUCUUUCAAAUACUGCAAAGUUUUAUGUUGAGAGAUGCAGGGGCCAUUAUGCUGCACUUAUCAUUUUUAUCAUCUGAUUAUUUUACACUGAUUGCAGGAAUGUUCAUAUUUCAGUUUAAGUUCCACUCAUUAUAUUUCCUAUCAUACUUAUUGGCUAUGCUCGGAGUAUUCCUCUUCAGCUCCCGCACGACGCGUCCUCCGCCGCCUCCUGCUCUCUUACCGCAACUAGUCAACGAUUCUGUUCAGUCCCAGGAUAAUGUAUCCAUGGAGUAUACUGUACCAACGCUUGAUUGUAUUCCACUUUCUGAAGGACUCGAACCCCCUAUGAGCCGAGACACAACAUUCACUUCCUUCCUUGGAGGCAAUCAGAGCAGUAUGCCAAAUGGUACAUUUAGCUUAUCACAAAAUAAGGAUUAG